CCAAAAACAACCCUCACUCGAAACACACAAACCAUAAGCAGCCAUGAGUGACCCAGAAGUCAAGACCUUUGCCCUAGGCGACUUUCCGCUUGUCUCAGGACAAGUCCUGCCCAAGGCCUUCAUCGCCUACAAGACCUUUGGCGACCCUUCCUCCCCGGCCAUCAUUUACCCGACAUGGUACUCCGGCCUCAUCGCCGACAACGAGUGGCUCAUCGGCCCCGACAAGACCCUCAGCCCGGACAAGUACUACAUCAUCAUCCCCGCCCUCUUCGGCAACGGGCAGUCCUCGAGCCCGACCAACAUGCCGCACCUGCCGGCGGACAGGCCCUUUCCGGACGUCACCUUCCGGGACAACGUCGCCGCCCAGCACAGGCUUGUCACCGAGGCCCUAGGUGUCGGACAUGCGCGCGCCGUGCUGGGCUGGAGCAUGGGCGCCGGGCAGACGUACCAGUGGCUGACGCAGUAUCCCGCCUUUAUGGACCUGGGCAUCCCGUUCUGCGGGGCUGCCAGGACGAGCCUGCACAACCAGGUCUUCUUGGAGGGGGUGAAGAGUGCCUUGCUUGCGGGCAAAGGAGCGGCCUCGGGUGGGAUCUGUGCUGGAGAGGUGAGCGACGGCGGGUACAGGGACUGGACGGAGGAGGAGGAGGAGAAAGGGUUGAAGGCCCUGGGCAGGGUGUAUGCGGGCUGGGGUUUUAGUCAGGCGUUUUACCGCGAGAAGAUCUAUGAGACCUUGGGUUAUAAAGAUCUGGAGGACUUCAUGGUCAAAUUCUGGGAGGGCUGGGCAUGCUCCAAAGAUCCCAGGAACAUGCUCGUGAUGCUGCAUACCUGGCAGGCUGGAGACUGCUCCGACCAGGAGCCAUACAACAAAGAUUUCGAGUCGUCGAUGAGGGGAAUCAAGGCCAAGACACUGGUCCUGCCAGGCAAGACAGACCUGUACUUUCCUCCUGAAGACUCCGAAUCCGAGGUCAAGUGUAUGUCGGAAGGUGUUGGCAAAUGCAUCGCCUUCCCUUCGAUAUGGGGUCACUGGGCUGGAGGACCUGGAACGAGCAAGGCGGAUCUGGACUGGCUGGAUGAGAAGCUCAGAAUAUUUUUGGCCGACGGAACAUUCCCCUAGAACGGGUAGCUUUAACGGUUUGGUCCUACCAAAUACAAUCAGAGCAUUGGGAACG